AUGCCUACAGUCAUCAUUCAUCCUGGUACUACAGUGUUUGUGACAGGCGUCAAUGGGCUGAUUGGCAGUCAUAUCGUUGAUCAGCUACUCAAAAGAGGGUAUCAUGUGCGUGGCGCGGUGAGAAAUGUGGAGAAGAACAAGUGGUUGGCGGACUACUUCAAAGGACGGUAUGACGCAGUGAAACUUGAUUUGGUUGAAGUGCCGGACAUGACACUCGAGGGGUGCUAUGAUGAUGUCCUUCAAGGUAUUGACGGCUUCAUUCAUGUAGCAUCACCUCUUGGCGGCUUCUCCGACGCCGACGCUGCCAUCGCAAUUGGUGUGGGUGGCGGCUUGAACGCUCUCAAGGCCUGUGCAAAGACAGCUUCAAUAAAGCGCUUCGGCGUAGGCGCUUUGAAAAUCCUCUUCACCUCGUCCUCUCUCGCUGCGACUUUCCCGAAACCAGACGUCCAAUUCUCAAUCAAUAAGAAUAGCUACAAUGAGGAAGCAGUCGAGGUUGUGAGGAAGGAGCCGUCGAAGAAAGGAUUGUUCAUCUAUGCUGCAAUGAAGAUGGAGACUGAGAAGGCAAUCUGGAAGUGGAUGAAUGACAACAAGCCAGACUUCGUGCUCAACACGAUUCUCCCUAACGCAAAUUUCGGCCGCGUUCUCGUCCCAGCACAUCAAGGCUACCCGUCGACCAUCGACUGGGCCCACGCAGCCUGGUCAGGCGAAUACUUGAAAGAAUAUACCCAGGUCAUUGACCCUCAGUGGUUCAUCUCGCCUGUAGAUACGGCGCUCCUGCACGUUUCUGCGUUGAUAUACAGCGAAGUCAACUCCGAGCGGCUUUACGGCUUUGCGGAGCCUUGGAACUUCAAUCAACUGCUAGCCGUGUUUCGAAAGUUGUACCCGCAGAAAACGUUCCCGGAGGAUGUGGAUGGCUUGGGUACUGAUAGGAUGAGCGUGCCAAACCAGAGGGCCGAGGAAGUGCUAGGUUGGGUGAAAGGCGCGGCUUGGGAUGGGCUGGAGGAGAGCUUGACUCAAAUGAGCGCGAAUUGGGUGAGCCAGUAG